UUUUUGUUCUUUCACUUCUCUCCCACUAAAACCCUAUCAAUCAAUCCAUCCAUCCAUCCAUCUUCCAUUUCUGCGAAGAAAAAUGUCUCGACGUCUGGAUAUGUCUCUGGAUGACCUAAUCAAGAGUAACAGUCAAUCUAGAGGACCAUCCAACCGUAAUCCCAGAGUUGGUAAGGGCUUAGAAGCUAAUCGCGGCCAUGGUACCGCUCCGGCUCAAAGUUACGGUUCCGGUCCAGCCCGGCGCAUGCCUUCCGUUGCUCCGGCGAGAUCGACACCGUAUCCGCUUCCACAGAUGCUUCAGUUCGAACAAAUGCCACCUCCUGGAGGAAAGGAAGCAGAAUUAGGUUCUAAGAUUUACAUUUCCAACUUGGGUUAUGACGUUUCCAAUGAGGAUCUCAAGAUGUUGUUCUCAGAAGUUGGUCAGUUGAAAGACCACUCAAUUCAUUAUGACAAGAGUGGCAAAUCCAAGGGAACUGCAGAAGUGAUUUACUUUAGUCAAUCAGAUGCUUUAGCAGCAAUUAGAAAAUACAACAAUAUACAACUUGAUGGGAAGGCAAUGCAAAUUCAUAUGGUUGGUGUGGAUAUUGUACCUCCUCAACAACCCACUUUGUUACAUACUUCCAAUGGCAUUUUGGCGAAUCCAAAUGAUGGCAUUUUAGGAAGACCACCACCACCUGGGGCCUAUGAAAGGAGGUGGAAUAAUAAUAAUAAUAAUAAUUAUAGUAACGGUAAUGGUGGUGGAUCUGGAAGGGUGGGACGUGGUGGAAAUGGAAGAGUUGUCCAGAAGAAGAAGGAGAAGGUUUGCUGUGAAGAUCUUGAUGCAGAUUUGGACAAGUACCAUUCAGAAGGCUUGAAGAGAAAAGAAGAAGAUAAUAGUAUCUAGCUAGCAACUUCACCUUCUAAGGAAAGAGAUCUCUGUUUUCGCAAUCUGAUUUUUGUUUGUCAUUGUUUAGUUAUGAAUUAGAUCUACAAAGGAAAGAUGAAGACUUUAUUUUU